AUGGGGUUCCAGAAUGUGUCGCUGAAGACGCUGAAGACUGUUGCUGCACGUCCUGUGCUCGCAUCGCCAUUAUCAUCCACACUACUACUACAAUCAUCCCACGUCCACCACCCGCGCACCCGCCCGCUACUUGCUUCGUCCACCCUGCUUUUGUCCCCCGGACAAUGCCGAUACCAAUCUUCAUAUCCUGAGCGCAUUGCCGUGCUGGGCGGUGGCAUUGGCGGGCUCUGCAGCGCGUACUUUGUCUCGAGGGAGUUUCCGCACAGCAAGGUUACGCUGUUUGAGGCGGGGAAAGAGACGGGUGGGUGGAUUCAGAGUCGGCGGGUGCAAGUGCAGGACCAGGAUGGAAAGGAUGGGAGUGUGCUUUUUGAAUUGGGGCCUAGGGCGCUGAGGAAUGCGAUUGUUACGGCGGGUUUGGUUCAGGAUCUCGGUCUCGUCAACGAUGUUACGUAUACAAAGAAAAGCGAGCCUGGAGCGAAGAAUCGGUUUAUAUAUUAUCCUGAUCAGCUGAAUCGGCUUCCUUCCGAACGACCCUCGCUUGCCGACUUUUUUGCGCUGUGGCGGACGGGCAUACUGAGUGGUGCGAUGGGUAUGGUUACUGAGCCGAUGAGGCCAAAGAGACCGGAUUCCAUGACGGAUGAGACUGUGGGAUCGUUCCUUGCUCGAAGGGUGGAUAAGAGGAUAGCGGAUAAUCUUGUCUCAGCUGUGUUCCAUGGCAUAUACGCGGGCGAUAUCUGGCAACUCAGUGCAAAGUCGCUGCUUAGUCUGGCCUGGGAGUUGGAAGGGCGAUAUGGAAAUGCGCUGGGAGGUUUCUUCCGCAUGCAGAACGAGGACCCGCGGCCGGAACAGCUCACACUUGUUCACCCUCUGGAUCUGGAAAACACACGAGCAAUGAACGAAGAGAUUGAUCUGGAACUCGACUUUGCGAGAAACCUACAGGAGACGAGCAUGUUCACGUUAAGGAACGGUCUGCAGCAGUUGAUCCGGGCAUUACAGGACGCAGUAGAAGCAAGGGGAAACGUCGAAAUCAAGACCGAAUCGCCUGUGCAAUCAUUCAAGCCACUCUCCAAAGACGGCCAACUAGGCAUAGAAAUCGUUUCUGGUCCCGAAGGCUCAACAACAACCUCAACCUUCGACACCGCCAUCUCAACUCUCAGCAACCACGACCUCACCCCCUCCAUCACCGUCAUGACCAUCAACCUCUUCUUCCCGUCCCCCUCCCUCCUCCCCGUCGAAGGCUUCGGCUACCUAAUCCCCCAAUCCGUGCCCUUUACUCAAAACCCGGAGCGCGCCCUCGGCGUAAUCUUCGACUCCUCCGCCAUCAAGGGUCAAGACACCGCUUCCGGCACCAAACUCACCGUCAUGCUCGGCGGCCACUGGUGGGACGGCUGGUCCGACUACCCUUCUGAACAAGAAGGCCUAGACAUGGCUCGUAGCGUCAUCAAACGCCAUCUAGGCAUCACAGCCGAGCCAACGGCUCAUAUUGUUAAUCUCGCCCGCAACUGUAUUCCGCAGUACACGCUUGGAUAUAGCGACCGCAUGAAGGAUUUCGCGCACGGUAUCUCGACCGAGUUUAAGGGUAGGCUGAGGGUUGUGGGAAGUCAGUUUGGGGGUGUGGGUGUUAAUGAUGUUAUUGCCAAUGCGUGGAAGAUGGCGAGGGGCAUGAGAGGCGAGGGGUGGAAGAGUAGUAGUUGUGGCCUUGAUCGCGUGGUGGAUGAGAGGGAGUGGGUCGUUGUGCCGUCGAGUGAGAUGGUGUAUGUGAAGAAGGAGGGGGGGGUUAGGGUGGGCGGCAAUGGCAUGGGGAGUCGUGGGGAGGGCGGUGUUUAA